AUGGAGAGAGGCAGCAGAGCUCCGCCUCACAUAGCCGUCAUGCCCAGCCCCGGUAUGGGCCACCUCAUCCCCCUCUCGGAGCUCGCCAAGCUCUUUGUCCUCCGCCACGGCUUCACCGCCACCUUCAUCGUCUUCUCCGACUUCUCCGACCACGCCCAGACCGCCUUCCUCGACUCCCUCCCUUCCGGCUUCUCUUACGUCGUCCUUCCCCCCCUCCCCCUCGACGACGUCCCCCUUGAUGCCCAUGUCGAGACGCGCCUCAGCAUCAUGGUGGAGCGCUCCGUUCCCCACGUCCGCGACGUCCUCCGCACCUUGCGGCGGACCACCCGCCUCGCCGCUUACGUCAUCGACCUCUUCUGCGGCGAGACCCUCCCCGUGGCAAAGGAGCUCGGGGUGCCGCACUACCUUCUCUUCACCACCAGCUUCAUGGUGCUGUCCCUCCUGCUGCAUCUCCCUGCGCUGGACCAGGCCACGUCGUGCGAGUACAGGGACCUGCCGGAACCGGUGGUGCUCCCGGGCUGCUUCCCACUCCGAGGGGAGGACCUCCUGCACCCGAUGCAGGACCGGACCGACGACGCCUACCGAUGCAUGCUGAACAUCGCCAGGCGUAUCAGGGAAGUGGACGGCAUCCUCGUGAACAGCUUCGUCGACUUGGAGCCGGCGGCGUACGCGGCCCUCAAGGAGGCGGAGCCAGAGGUGGGGCGGCCGAACGUCCACGCAAUCGGGCCGGUGAUACACCGCGGCAGCCACGGUGGCGCGAAGGGGAAGGAGUGCCUGCGGUGGCUGGACGAGCAGCCGCCGGGGUCGGUGCUGUUUGUCUCGUUCGGGAGCGGGGGGACCCUCUCGACGGAGCAGAUACAGGAGCUGGCGCGGGGGCUGGAGGCGAGCGGGCGGCGGUUUCUCUGGGUGGUGCGGUGCCCCAGCGACCGGGUGGCUAGCGGGGCCUUCUUCCACCUGCAGGGGCCGGACGACCCGCUGCGCUACCUGCCGGAGGGUUUCCUGGAGCGGACGCGGGGGGCGGGGUUGGUGGUCCCGCUGUGGGUGCCCCAGGUGGAGGUGCUCGCCCACGCCGCAACCGGCGGCUUCCUCACCCACUGCGGCUGGAACUCGUUGCUGGAGAGCUUCGUCCACGGCGUGCCUAUCAUCGCGUGGCCGCUGUACGCGGAGCAGCGGACGAACGCCGUGAUGAUGGCGGACGGCCUGGGCGUGGCGCUGCGGCCUAAGACGGCAGCGGACGGCAGCGGGCUGGUGCGUAGGGAGGAGGUGGCGGAGGUGGCGAGGGAGCUGAUGGAGGGGGAGGCGGGGAAGAAGGCGAGGGAGAAGGCGGGGGAGCUGAAGCAAGCGGCAGCGCAGGCGGUGGCAGGCAGAGACGGGUCUUCUUGCAAGGCGCUGGCGGAGGUGAUGCAGUAUUGGAAGGACAACGCAGUGACGGGUGAGGUGUAGACUGAUGUUGGCGUCGAUGUAGAUGCUGUUGUACUCUGUGAUGAUAAAUAAGUCUGCAUGCGUGCUUCGGAUGCGUGCAUCAGCCGAGACUGUGCUUUCCAUGCGCAAGUGAUGCGCGAUGGUUGCAUGCGAUAUGGUUGUUUAUGUACAAUAACGCAGUGUUUGAUUUGAUUAGUUUUUUGUUGAUGA